AUGGGGUCUGAAUUGGCGGCGAACAACCACCGGAGGCUCCUCCGGCUUCGAUGCUCUGUUCAGCACUACGACUGGGGCAGAGUCGGGCCGGAAUCCCUGGUCGGAAGGCUCUCUGCUUUCAACUCCCGCUCCGAAAUCCAACCGGACAAGCCCUAUGCCGAACUCUGGAUGGGUGUCCACGACUCCGGCCCAUCUUUCGUCGUCUCCGGCGACGACAACGGCGAGUCGAGUUUGAAAGACUGGAUUGCCCAAAAUCCUGCUGCGCUCGGCCACAAGAUACUCUCUGUGGCUGAAGCACUAUCAAUUCAAGCGCACCCGGAUAAAGAACUGGCGAAGCAGCUCCACAAGUCGCACCCAAUUGCUUACAAGGACGACAAUCACAAACCUGAAAUGGCUUUGGCCCUGUCAGAGUUCCACGCCCUUUGUGGUUUCAUUUCUCUUCAGGUAUUACUUUCAUCCAUGUCCUGUUUUUAUAACAAGAGAUCUUUCUUACACACACAUUAAUUUGUUAAUAAUUGUCUCCUCCCGCGUAUAUAGGAGCUCAAAGAUUUGUUGCAGAACACUCCAGAGAUCAAGGAAGUGGUCAACGCCGAAGAUGCAAACCAACUGCUGCAAGUCAACGACGAACAGAACGACGGAGGACUCGAAAUCAAGUCGAGAUUGAAAUCCAUCUUCACCCAACUAAUGUCCGCCAGCAAGGAGGCGGCAGCUGAGUCAGCGUCCAACCUGAAGAACAGAUUGCAGAGGGAAAGCCAGGGGAGGGAGCUAACGGAGAAGGAAAACCUGGUUCUGGAACUGGAGAGGCAAUACCCAGGCGAUGUCGGCGUCAUAGCAGCCCUGUUCCUCAACUACGUGAAGCUCAAACCUGGCCAAGCUCUGUACAUCGGGGCAAACGAGCCGCACGCUUACGUGGCCGGCGAGUGCAUCGAGGUCAUGGCCACGUCGGACAACGUCGUCCGAGCUGGACUCACUCCCAAGUAUCGAGACGUCGGAACCCUCUGCUCCAUGCUCACCUACAAACAGGGGCGUCCUGAAAUCUUGAAAGGGUUUGCUCUGAAUCCGUACACGACGAGGUAUCUGCCGCCGUUCGACGAGUUCGAGGUGGACCGGUGCUUGCUGCCGGGAGGGGAGUCGGCGGUGUUUCCGGCGGUGGAAGGACCGUCCAUUUUUGUGAUCGCGAGCGGGGAAGGAGCGAUGUUGGCGACGGGGUCUUUGAUGAGAGAUGCGGUGGUGGAAGGGGAUGUCGUGUUUGCAGCUGCGGAUACGGAGAUCAGUGUGACGGCUGGAAGAACAGAGCUGCAUUUGUAUAGAGCUGGAGUCAAUAGUAGAUUCCUUCAAAUCCUAUGAACAAUUUCACAAAUAUGUUAAUCCAGUCCUUUGUCAAAACCCUAUGAACAAUGAGUAAUGUAGAUCCAUCUACUGACAACAUGUCAUCC